CAGCAUCUGGUUCAGGGAAAGUUGUGAUAUGCUGUUAACUGUCACAGUAUUCCGAGUGUGGACGUGUGGUGUCCUACAGAAGAACAUAUGCCCUAUUCUUGACACGGCUGUUUUGCAGAUCAACCCUCCCACCAUCCGGACUGUUUUGCAACUCGUCUUGGUCCAGAGCCGAUCGGGGGCCUCACGAGCCGAGCCGUUCCCGAUCCAGAGCCUGCGCAGCCAUGGAGCUCGUGGCCUCCGGCGAUCCUGAAGCCAGGGCGUUCGAUCUGCGCACACGUCAGGGCGGCGCUGCAAGACAGGCCGCGGCUCCACGUCAGGGAACCAGGGAGCUCGCCGGCAGGCCGCCGCUCCCGAAGCUAGGGUGAUCGAUCUGCGUCCUUCCUCCGUUGCUCCAAGGCAGCGACACGUCAGGGCGGUGUUGCAAGGCAGGCCGCGGCUCCACGUCAGGGCGCCGCGCUCCAAGGUAGGCCGCCGCUCCACCGCUGGCCGCCCUUGGGUUGUAGCUGGCCUAGUUCAACGCCGUUCAACGUCGUCUCCUUUCACGCCCACGUACAGAGAUGGCUCUCGAUGAUCCCAUGGAACUCGAUGAUCGACGAGGCCAGGAGGUCGCCGCCGUCGUCGUUGAACCGACGAACAUUGAGGAGGUCGACCACGUUGACGUGUCUCUUUCCAUGCCUCACAACGUGAUCUCCGUAGAAGAGGUAGAUGCACUGGGACUCGUGAAUGCCGAUUUUAACAGUGAAUCAUCGCCUGUUCGUGAAGAGAACUUCUUGUGUGAAGAUAACGAGACUACUGUCAAAAUGAAUGAUGCAUUUAGAACACCAACGAAGAAAAAACAUGUUCUUGAGAAAGGGAUGUUGUUUGAUGAUGUGGAAGCGGCUCAUAAAUUUUAUAUGGAAUAUGCACAUAGUAUUGCUUUUUCUGUUCGUAUAGGUCAACAGAAAUUAGAUGCUAAUGGAGUGGUUAUCUGGAAGCGGUUCUUGUGUGCAAGAGAAGGGUAUAAAACAGAAAAAGAAGAAGGUGCUAGUGGUUCAUCAUCAAAGGGUCGCAGAAGUAGGGAGUCGAGAUGUGGAUGUCCAGCUUAUAUUUAUGUUAAACGCACUCCUGAAGGCAAGUAUGUCAUUGCAGCACUAUAUGAGGAACAUAACCAUGCCUUUGUGACACCUAGCAAACGUCACCUCCUUCGAUCCAACCGUUCUGCCAACGAGAAGGCAAAAACUACUCUUUUCAAUUGUCACAAGGCUAGCAUAGGAACAUCACAAGCAUUUAGGUUACUUCAGAUUGGUGCAGGGGGUUUUGAGUACGUUGGAUGCACAAAAAAGGAUUUGCAGAACUACUACAAUGAUUUCAGACACAAAAUAAAGGACGCAGACGCUCAGAUGUUUAUUGAGAAUUUACAUACACUCAACAAGUUGGACCACAAUUUCUUCUUUGAAUAUGAGGUAAAGGAUGGUCGGUUGUUUCGAGUGUUUUGGGCUGAUACAACUAGUAGGAAGAAUUAUGUCCAUUUUGGUGAUAUGUUGUCUUUUGAUACUACCUACAGCACAAACCAGUAUGACAUGAAAUUCGCUCCUUUUACUGGGGUCAAUCAUCAUAUGCGUUCCAUUUUCUUUGGUGCUGCUUUUUUAGCUGAUGAGAAGAUUGAGAGCUAUGUAUGGUUGUUUAACACCUUUCUUCGAGCUAUGGGAGGGAAGGCUCCAUCAUUUAUUGUAAAAUAUGAGGAUGCUAGCAUCAAGACUGCCAUUGCCAUCGUUCUUCCUUACACUAUAUACAGGUUGUGCAUGUGGCACAUUAUGAAAAAGUUGCCUGAGAAAAUUGAUGCCAACCUUCUGAAAGAUGAUGAGUUUAGGAAGACGAUCAACUUAUAUGUAUGGGGUUCAGAAACUAUAGAAGAGUUUGAGAGCAGAUGGCAAGCAUGGAUUGCAAAGUAUCACUUUGAGAACAAUGAAUGGUUAGUUGGAAGGUAUGAAAUCCGCAAAUCAUGGAUACCUGCAUACUUCAGGGAAAUAUAGCUUGGAGGUAUACUCCGAACAACCUCUAGAUCAGAAAGUGCUAAUUCAUUUUUCAGUCGCUUUAUUGGUCGCAAGCUUGCACUUGUAGAAUUUUGAAUAAGGUUUGAUACAGCAUUAAAAUGUCAGAGGCGGGAUGAAUUGAUCGAUGAUAACACUUCUAUGCAUACCAACCCAAAGCUUUUGACAUCGUGGGAAUUAGAGAGACAUGGUGGUGCCAUUUUCACACACGAGGUUUUUAGAAGAUUCCAGAAUGAGUUGCUAGCAGCAAGAGAGCAAUGUGAUGUACAGAGCACAACUGAAAUGGAGGAUAGAACAAUUGUUAAAGUGGUCGACAACUUCAACAGACCAAGAGAGGUGAUUUUCUUUAAUGCCGAUCAGGUACAUAAGUGUUCAUGCAUGUUAUUCGAGUCCAUAGGAAUACCAUGUCGCCAUAUUAUACGGAUGCUAAGAUCUGCAAGGAUAAGUGAACUACCCAUGCACUACAUCACCAAGAGAUGGACCAAAAAUUGCAAAAGAGAAGCAGCAUUUGAUAGUGAAGGAAAUUUAUUAAUUGAGAAGUCCAUUACGUCCAUGGAAGAUAGUACGAGAAGAAAGAUGGCAACUGCCCAUAAAAAAUUUGAAGAUAUUUUCCAAAUGGCCAAAACUUCUGAGGAAGGUCUGGACAUUCUUAUACAGAAUUUGGAGAGGCCCUCCUUAUUAUUUGAGCCUAUAUCUCGUACAGGACAGGAGGAACAAGAAAGUUUUAUUGGAUAUCCAUUCCGGAAAAUGUACAAGUACAUCCACCUAGUGACAUUCGUUCGAAGGGGAGGUGUAAGAGAAUAGUAGGCUAUGCUGAUAAACACAAAAGGACUCAAAGUUCAGGUCCGCGUAAAUGCACAUCAUGCAAAGACAUUGGACACGGUAGGCGCAAUUUCCCAAAUAAAGAUGCAGCCCCACCAUGAGUUC